GAGAAUCCCAGAGGCGGCAGCAGGUCCUUGCAAGCCCUCCUCCCGCGUGUAACCCUUUGGGGGUGCUGCGGAUAAACCAUCCUUGUCUUAAGCAGGGGGAUUUUGUCUCUGCUUUUGCUGAAAUCCAGAUAGAGGAGCUGCACGAAGCUGUAAUCUGAAUUUCUGGCCGAGAACAGCUGUGCCUGGACUGCAUCAGGGAGGUUAUCUGAUGGUGCUUUGGAUGUAAUACCCUGAGAAAUCUCGCUUCGGCCACAGCUCCUGGCUUCCAGCGAGGAUCCUGCUCGUGGCUGGUUUGCCUGCUGGGGUAUGGUGGCACGCAGGAGGUCAAACGGCACGGCCGAGGCCCCAAGGUGAAAUGAUUGCAGUGGGGAUGCUCCUCCAGAGCCCGGUGUGCUGCACAGCAGCCCCAGCUGUCUGACCCGGCCGGAGCACGGAGGCGAAUCGCGAUAUCCUCCAGCAGCCCUUGUUCUGAAGGACUGCUGCUGAGCUCCAUCUCUGCGCCGCAGGAAGAGCCUGACCCUCCUGGAAGGAGCAGUUUUCCACAGCUGAAGUCUGACUGCAGAGGCGUGGGACAGAACAGCCCGGCUGUUUCUGCACGGCGGCUUUCCUCUCCCUGGCAGGGACGCUGAGGGCGCACGGCUUGUGCUCGGGGACACGCAGCUGAGUCGCUCGGAAAAAAGAGCAAACCUUUCCCCUGGUCCUGACGCUGGGCUCCCGUCGGCGCCGUGCACGCCUGUGCUGUAGGCAUGCGCCCUCUUGCUGCUUGCCCAGGACCAGGAUGCUGAGCUCCUGAGGUGCCGCUGGGGUGACCGGCGGGGUGCAGCGGGGGGGGACGUGCUGCUUGGUCCAGCACCAGUGCGUGCCCUCCCUGCCUGCUGUUAUCCCUUCCCUCCUGGCCCCGGGGAGAAACACAAAGGCUGGAGGCAGCAACCGCGCCUGGGAAGAGGCAAGGCAGCGGGGGAAGUUUGGCUGGCUGACACAGAAAACCUCUUUUUGUUCUGCGUAAAAGGCUGGCAGAGGGAAGCCCCAGCACUGCUUUCGCAGCGGGGAUUUUUGCUGUCCUUCCUCCCCAGGUUUGGGAGGGUAAGGCAGCUUCUGAAGCACGCUGCUGAGAAGUUGUCUUCUCCAUCAAGACCUCUGAGCUCCUUGCAGCAAGGAAGAGGCCAGGGCAGCCCCGAGCCAUGUCCAACGACCCCCCGCCACCCUACCCGGGCGGCCCCUCGGCACCGCUGAUAGAGGAGAAGCACGGCCCGCCCCCUGCCACAGAUGGCGUCUCCCCAGCCGUGGGACAGCCCCAGGGGGUUCCCGUCCCCCCUCCUGAAUUUGGGCCCCCUCCCUAUGAGCCUCCGCAGCCGGGCUUCGUGCCCCCCCACAUGCCCACUGACGGCUCCGGGCCCUACGUGCCGCCUGCAGGUUACUACCCACCGCCAGGCCCUCACCCUCCCAUGGGCUACUACCCUGCUCCGGGCCACUAUCCGUCACCCGGUGGCCACACGGCAACAGUGCUCGUCCCCUCGGGGGCUGCCACCACGGUGACCGUGCUGCAGGGAGAGAUCUUCCAGGGCGCCCCGGUGCAGACGGUGUGUCCCCACUGCCAGCAAGCCAUCACCACCAAAAUCUCCUAUGAGAUCGGGCUCAUGAGCUUCCUGCUUGGCUUCUUCUGCUGCUUCGUGGGGUGUGAUCUCUGCUGCUGCCUCAUCCCCUGCCUGUUCGACGACUUCAAGGACGUGACCCACACGUGUCCCAACUGCAAGGCCUACAUCUACACGUACAAGCGCAUGUGCUAACAGCGCCCCGGGAGCCCGAGCCACUGGAAUGCCACCGGCCCCUCUCCCACUGCCGUCCUAGUCUACGCGUGUGCAACACUCCUUCGCUUAACCCGCUGGUGGUGUGUAUGUGCAUCUCCCUGCCUCCCUCCUGCCCCGAGCUGGGCACACCUUCCCCGAGCUCCGGUCCUGAUGUGAAUGGUGGAUUGGGGACGCUGGUGUGGCUGCACAGGGGACGAGGGGGUUGAGGCCCCAGCUGCUGUGCAUGGGGGCUCUCUCCAGCAGCUGCCUGGCAGCACGCAGGAGCGGGACGGGGUUCUGCACCCCGUGUGCUCCAGGGCAAUACUGGAGCAAGCUGGGGACACAGCAGCUGAUGGAGGCACCCACCCCUCAGACAUGGUGCCCUGAGCAGGAGCUGCUGCAAGCAGGGGCAGGCACUAACCUGGAGGGCAGCCAACGGAGAACACGGGAGGAUGCAGUCACCUGGCUCAGCUGCAGCCCUUUUAGGAACGGGCCUGGUGGAGGCUCAGUGUUGAGGAGACAGAGGGGUCAGUGUGAGGUUCUGACGUGGCUCCAGGCCCUCUCCAGCCAGGUCAGGGUGCAGCCCACAGGCAGCACGUCCCCAGGAGCACGCAGAGCUGCCUUCAAGGUGUGUGUGUGGGGGGCCAGGGUGGCUGCCUUGCCUUGGGGCUGCGGCACUGCACCCCUCAUCAGCCCACCUGUCCUGCCAGGGCACCAGCUGCAUGCGCCUCCUGCCAGCCCUGCUGGGGAUGCUUUGGGGAAGGAAAGCCCCCGGCUGCUCCUCGCCCACCUGGCAAGCCCUUAGAAGUGCAUCCAGCAUGUUGCUACCUGCCCCCAGCACCGUAGAGUAGGGGAGUUUGUUACCCAGCUCCCAGCUCUGGAGCAGACCCACAUCCCCACCCCGAGCCCAGCAGGGUCUGGGGGGCAGCCCCGUGGCGUUCCUCCUUGCAUGUGGGUGUGGGGGGUUACUUUUAGCUCACUUCAUACAGGGCAGAAGGAUGGGGGCAAGCAGGCAGCAACACCAGCUGCCAGCAGCACUGUGACAGACAGGGGCAAGAGGCCCUGGGAGGCAUUUUCAGUCCCUCUAUGGCCACACCUCGCACCCCUUCCCACAGCUCCUGCAGCUGGAGCACGAAGCCCCCCCAGCUAAGCAGGGGGGCAGGGAAGGCUCCUCAGUAAGGUCUGCAAACACAGCCCGGCCUUUGCAGGCAGCUGCUGUUUGCUCAGAGGUGGAACUGUGGCACUUGUCCCAGUGUUUGUAUGUAAAUAAACAUCAGACCCUGAGAUCA